AUGGAGCGCAAGAGAGGGUGCAAGAUCAGAAAGAGAGGUUGUUCUUCCUCCUCCUCUUCUUCUCUUGCUCGUCGAAACCGCUUCAAACGCGCCAUUUUCGCCGGGAAAAGAGCCUCUCACGACGAUGGUGGCGGCUGCGGCGGCUCAGGAACUCCGGUUAAGUCCAUCUCCACCGCUAAAACUCCUGUACUCUUAUCCUUGUCGCCGGAAAAACUUCAUAUAGAUCAUUCUCAGAAACGCUGCGUGUCAGCUAGAAAGCUAGCGGCUACGCUGUGGGAGAUCAGCGACGGCACAGACCCUCCGGCAAAUUCCGAGAGAGAUUGCUUGAGAAGCAAGAAACCUCCGAGGAACAAAUCUAAGAAAACAACAGAGAUCUCUUCCCACGAGUUCCCGCCAAAAUCAUCCGAUCCGACAUCCGGUCUGGCCUCAGAGAGAAUCGUUCUCCGAGAGGACAUAAUCCAUAGAAGAUCAAAGAUUCCUCAGAAACUAGAACUAAUCGAAUACAAAACCAUCGGCACGAACUCGGUGAAAACACGUUUCAAGAAUGUCAGCGACGGAUUAAGGACGUCUAAAGAAUUAGUGAAAGUCUUAAAACGGAUUGGUGAGCUCGGAGAUGAUCACAAGAAAGCAAGCAAUCGUUUGAUCUCUGCUCUGACAUGCGAGCUAGACAGAGCAAGAUCUUCUCUAAAGCAUCUGAUGAGUGAGUUUGAUGCGGAGGAGGAGGAGAAGCGGAUGAUGAGAGAGAAGCUUCAAGAAGAGGCCGUGGCUGAGAGAAAGCUCCGGCUGAGAACGGAGAAGAUGAACAGAAGAUUAGGGAGAGAACUCGCGGAGGCUAAAGAAACGGAGAGGAAGAUGAAGGAGGAGAUGGAGAGAGAGAAGAGAGCUAAAGAUGUUCUUGAGGAGGUUUGUGAUGAGCUCGCGAGAGGAAUCGGAGAUGAUAAGAAGGAAAUGGAGAAAGAGAGAGAGAUGAUGCAUAUAGCUGAUGUUCUGAGGGAAGAGAGGGUUCAAAUGAAGCUUAUGGAGGCGAAAUUCGAGUUCGAGGAGAAACAUGCGGCUGUGGAGCGGCUGAAGAAGGAGCUCAGGCGGGUUUUGGAUGGUCAAGGGUCGUCGGAGAUUCGUCGGAUGUUGGAGGUUAUGGAUGGUUCUGAUGAUGAAGAGGAGAGUGAUCUAAAGUCGAUUGAGUUGAAUAUGGAGAGUGGAAGUAAGUGGGGUUAUGUUGAAAGCCGGAGAGAUCGCCGGACGGAAUCGAGGUUUGUUGGCUCCGGUGAUGAAGAUGAUGAUUCUGAUGAUCAUGUGGAGAAGAGGCCAGUGAUUGUUGAGAAUGGGGAGAGAGAUGAGUCUUUGAAGAAUCUGAGAGAUUACAUUGUUUCGAAUGUGAGGCUUAUCGGUUCUUCAUCGUCGGAGCAGUUGAAUCAUCGGAAACUACCAAGCUUCGAGUUUGUGUAA